AUGUCUUCGGAAGGGCUCACUGAGGGUACUCUUCGCGGUACUGCGAUAGGUCUCAUGGUUGUGACGACUGCCGUGGUCCUCGCUCGCGCGAUCCUGCGAAGUGAUCAGAAGAAGGUCAUUCAAUGGGACGAGCUAUGGCUGAUGCUAGGCUACUUGCUAUUCAUGGCAGUAACCAGUGUCUACAUCAACAAGACAAGCCUUUUAUUUCGACUUCUAGCCGUCCAAGAAGGACGCCUUGCGCCUUACCCAAACGUUCUCCGAGAUGGCCUCGAUGCGCAGAAAACGUUCUUUUUCACGAGUCCAGGACUCUGGCUUACUCUAUGGAGUAUCAAAUUCUCCCUACUGGCCUUCUACAAGAGAAUCAUGGCUGGCACGCUUCUACUAUCCAUUCUCCUACACAUCACAGCUUGUGGACAUUCGCCAGCGUCUUGGUUCAUCGCCAAUGGUUGUGGCGCUGACAAUGUCCGCAAGAGUGCGAUCAGCUUCUGGGAAGGAUUUGCAGUGGACCUAACAACAGAUCUUAUGAGUAAGUCGUCUCAGGGUCUUCUGAUGCAGAUCGAUUUAUUGAUGCACUCAACAGUCAUGUUACUUCCAAUCGGCCUCAUACGAAACCUCCAGAUACCUCUAGCCCGCAAGAUCCAGAUAGGAGGCCUGUUCGCUUUAGGCAUCCUCGUCAUCAUCGCUAGCAUCAUCCGCGUAAUACAAGUCGGCGCAACAACCAGCGCAGGCAACACAACGCCUUCGCUGACGUGGCUGGCUCUGUGGAGCAUCAUCGAGUCUUCCGUCGCUAUAAUAGUAGGCUGCGGGCCAGGCCUAUACCGAAAAGCCAAAGCCGUCUACAGUACCACACAGGUACACGCAUACAACAGUCGCGGGUAUACCAAGACUACGGAGAACCGACGAACGGGAACGAAGGGCAACACAGAUGACGAGUACGGGCUACCAUUGAAGACUAUGAGCAUCGACAUUGUAGGGCCUGGCGAUGUCGGAGGAAGUGAAGAAGAGCUAGUCGGCCAGGAAACAGGUGGUGGCAUUCGGGUGACAAGGUCGGUUGUCGUAAGCCACUGA